AUGUCUGUUCCCGCCUUCUCUGACAUUUCCAAGUCCGCCAACGACUUGUUGAACAAGGACUUCUACCACCUCUCUGCUGGUACCAUUGAGGUCAAGAGCAACACUCCCAACAAUGUUGCUUUCAAGGUGACUGGAAAGAGCAGCCACGACAAGCACACCUCUGGCGCUCUGGAGGGAAAGUACUCGGACAAGUCGCUCGGUAAAUCACCCACACAAGGAUCCUCAUCCUCAUCAUCAAAUUCAGUUUCCAGCAAGGACAAGAUACCGAGACAUAAAAGAUCGAGGAAGAAACCGCCCUCGUUCUCGGUCUCGCUUGGGCGCAUCAUCGUGCCAGGCCCUCGCGACUAUCCGCUGAAUCUUGCCAUCAUUCUCAGCAAUUCUCAUCCAGCGACAGUGCUAACCUCGUUCCACCACUUAGGUCUUACCCUUACCCAGACCUGGAACACUGCCAACGCCCUCGAGUCCAAGGUUGAGCUGGCUGACAGCAUCGCCAAGGGCCUGAAGGCUGAGGGUGUCUUCAGCUUCCUGCCCACCAACCAGGCCCGCGGUGCCAAGCUCAACCUGCACUUCAAGCAGAACAUCUUCCACGGCCGUGCCUUCUUCGACCUCCUUAAGGGCCCCGUCGCUAACGUCGAUGCCGUUGUCGGCCACGAGGGUUUCCUCGCUGGUGCCUCUGCUGGCUUUGACGUCCAGAAGGGUGCUCUCACCGGCUACAGCGCUGCCCUCGGCUACGUUGGCCGUGGCUACACCUCCUCCAUCACUGCCACCGACAACCUGAGCACCUUCGCUGCCUCGUACUACCACAAGGUCAACAGCCAGGUUGAGGCUGGUGCCAAGGCUACCUGGAACUCCAAGACUGGCAACGCUGUUGGCCUCGAGGUCGCCAGCAAGUACCGCCUGGACCCCGUCUCUUUCGCCAAGGCCAAGAUCAACGACCGUGGUGUUGCCGCUGUCGCCUACAACGUCCUCCUCCGCCCUGGUGUCACCCUGGGUCUCGGUGGCUCUUUCGACACCCAGAAGCUUGACCAGGCCACCCACAAGGUUGGUGUCAGCUUCACCUUUGAGGGUUAA